UAGAGAACAUCUCCUAACAUAUCAAGUAAAAUUUGUAUUUAUAUCACUCUCUACAUCCUUUGUUUUAGAAAACAUCUCAAGGAACGAAAAGAAAUGUCGACCGAGUCGUAUGAAGAUACCCUUGAAAGACUUGGAGAGCUUCUCAGUUGUAAAUCGGAUCUCGGGAAAGUGGCGGCGACAAAGAUUAAGAAGUUAUUUGAUGAGCUAGAGGAACAUAAAUCCAACAAGUCAUCAGAUGCUGUAGAACGAAUCCAAUCCGGAUUUAUCCAUUUCAAGACUCACAAAUUUUUGAAGAAACCUUCGUUGUACAAUGCACUUGCCAAGAGCCAGAAUCCCAAGUUUCUGGUGUUUGCUUGUUCGGACUCCCGAGUUAGCCCUUCUCACAUCUUGAACUUCCAACCUGGGGAAGCCUUUGAAAUUAGAAACAUUGCAAACAUGGUUCCACUUUUUGACAAGACACAACACUCUGGUACUGGUGCGGCUAUGGAAUAUCCAAUUACAAAACUCAACGUGGAGAACAUUCUUGUGAUUGGUCACAGCCGUUGUGGUGGAAUAAAGGCACUUAUGUCAAUUGAAGAUGAUGCAGCUCCCAAUAAGAGCAUCUUCAUAGAAGACUGGGUCAAGAUCGGUACAUCGGCCAAGAACAAGGUCAAGCAGGAGUUUGGAGACUUGAGCUUCGAAGAACAGUGCACUCACUGUGAAAAGGAAGCGGUGAACGUUACCUUGGGGAAUCUGUUGUCUUACCCAUUCGUGAGAGAAAGAGUGGAGAAGGGAAAGCUUGCCUUAAGAGGAGCUCACUACGAUUUCGUGAAUGGGACGUUUGAACUCUGGGAACUCGACGUCAAGACCACCCCUGCCUAUGCCUUUUCUUAAAACAGUCCUACUUACCUUUUCUCUAUGUUGCUUCUAAGUGUGUUCUUAUUAUGUACUUGCUUCUGAUUCUUAUUUCUCUUUCUUUUUUAUGUUUCUGUGUGAAAAGUAAUGAAUAAGCUCUAAAGAGCAUUUGUUUAGUUUCCA